AUGACAACAACAAAACGAGGACGAUCACUUGUACGUAAAAAGUCAGAAAUAAGACACAGUGGUGGACAUUCGUUAAGAAGACUCUAUAGUUCACCUUCCAUGUCCUGUAACCUAUUUGGUAACGGAAAAGUCAAGCCAAGGUUACUAACAACAACAACAACAACAACGAGCAAGGUACUGAUCAAGGACCCUUCUACAUCACAACUUAAAGUAGAAAACAAUGAAGACGCCUGGGGUUAUCUGGUCAGAGAAGGUGGAGAGACAUAUACGUUGGAUAGAGAAUUGGAUAAGCGUUUGGAUAAUCAGGCAGCAGGAUACAUAAUUGGUAAAAAGGAAGAUUGUGACAUAAGGCUUUAUCUUAAAGGUGCUAGCGAUGUACACGCCAUUAUCUAUUGUAGACACAGAUCCAUAAACAAUGUUGAAAGAUUUGUUCCAUAUGUAUUUGAUAGAAGUUCAAAUGGGACAUGGGUCAAUUUUAAAAAGAUACAGAAUGGCGCGAUCGAACUCAAGACGGGCGAUAUCAUACAUUUUAUGGAUCCUAAGCUAUACAACGAAGCAGCUAAUCCAACCUACAAAUUCGUAAAGCCAAAGACAAGCACAACAAGGGCAAGAGCAGUAGAGGAUCUCUACGUAUUAAAGUCACGAAUAGCAGAAGGAACCUAUGGUGUGGUUCAACUAGCAGAGUGUAAAAAGACAAAGAGACGAGUGGCGAUCAAAUUGAUCCGAAAUAGCAUGUGUCACGGAAGAAAAAAGCUACGCGACGCGUUUUUAAAAGAAAUUAGUGUCUGUAUGUCAAUGCCUGUUCAUCCGUGUAUUAUACAAAUCAGCAAAGUCUAUGAGCAAGAUGACAUCAUGUAUAUUGUUAUGGAAUAUGGUAAAAAUGGUGACCUGUUCGAAUGUGUUGCCUCUUAUCAGUUUAAAGAAUAUGAAGUAAAGAUUAUAUUUGAUCAAAUAGCACACGCCAUUGCUUUUCUUCAUGAACGAAAUAUUGUCCAUAGAGACAUCAAAUUGGAAAAUGUGGUUAUUUUUGAUAGAGAAAGACUUAUUGUCAAACUGUGUGAUUUCGGCUUAUCUACCUUUAUGAGACCAGGUAGGCUUUUAGAAACAAAUUGUGGAACCGUCAUGUAUGCUGCCCCUGAAUUGAUCGACUGUCCCAAUGGAUAUGGAAAAGAGGUCGAUAUCUGGAGCUUGGGGGUCUUGUUGUUCACUGCUCUUGUCGCAUUUACACCAUUCUUACAACGAAGUGAAGCUGAAGAACACAAGAGGGAGACAAUUGAUCAAAUAAAGCGUGGUGAUUUUAAUUUCGAUUGCUCUGUGUGGGAUGACAUAAGUCAUGAAGCAAAAGAUCUGAUUCGAAAAAUGAUGACAGUAGACAAGUCAAAAAGAUAUACGAUCAAACAAGUACUUGCACACCCUUGGUUACAAGAUAUGGAGAAAUCAAUAUCUACUCAUCCUGACUUGACAAGAAACCCUGAACUAGUUUCAUAUCUUGAAAGGAACAAGAAUUAA